GUACGCGGCACGCCGAUACACACAGCAACACCACGACAACACCACCACUCAAACUCCAUAUUCCCCCGCCCCCCCAAAAACAAUACCCCCCUCUCCACAAAAAAAAAAAAAAAAAAAAACUUACACUGAACUGAACAUACGUGCACAUUUCUCCAAAAUCUUUGUAAAAGUCUUAUCUAUUCCCCUCCAAGACCUGGGAACUUUCUGAGAGCCUUAUCCUGAAAAACACUUCUUCUUCUUCUUCUUCAGCCAUGAUGUGGGAAUGGGAAGAAUUAGACGACGCCGUUCCGCAAAACGACCAGCCUGAUACCGAUUUCUACCUCAACUUCGAUCUCUUCUCUGCUCUCUCUAAGCCCAAGGAUUAUUAUAAGAUAUUGGAAGUGGAUUAUGAUGCUACGGAUGAUGCUAUUCGUUCUAAUUACAUUCGUCUAGCUCUGAAAUGGCACCCAGACAAGCAGAAAGACCAAGGUGCUGCCACCACGCGGUUCCAAGAGAUAAACGAGGCUUAUCAGGUUUUGAGUGAUCCUGUAAAGAGGAGAGAAUAUGACAGGAACGGGAUGCUUUACGCUUACGAUUAUGAUAUCAUUGAUUAUCUUAACCGCUACAAGGGCCUUAUAUUGACUUGCAACGGCCUUGGAAUGAAGCAUUCUAUAUGGUAAACUGAACCAAAUACCAAAGAUAUCUCCUUCCAGUGCAUUUAGGACAGUUUUUUUGAAGUACCUGGCACUGCAUGCCAUGCCAUGCUCCUGGAAUCCAGCCACAUGCUCGAGUUGUGGUGUCCUACAGGGCUAGUUUGAUUUCAUGCUUUAUGUCAAAAAGAAAAAAGAGCAACAGAAGUUAGAUAUCUAUAUCUUGUAGCAUCAAAUGCUCGCCCUCCUUGUACAUGCUUUACUGUGUAUGUGUUAAAUGACUUAAUGGUAGAUUUAGUGACUUAAUGUAGCAGAAAUAUAAAAAGCAAUGUUCUGAAAACCGGUUCGAACCGGCCGGUUGAACCGUGAACCAACAAGAAAAACGGUUCGGACAAAUAGUAUAACUGCUCAUUUUAAAAACUGGAAUUUAACCGUCGGGCCGGCUGGGAACCGGUCGAUCGGACCGAACCGGGACCCGACCGGUUUUCACAUUUCAA